GUAUUCUAGAGUGCUCUGGAACGCUCUAGGCUAGGUCUCGAAUGCUCUAGCCACGUCCAUACAUAUCUGCUUUCAAUUGAAACCCGAUAGUUGGAGCGUCUGUGGGGUAAAUCUGGUACAACUGAGCUCGCUGCGCUGCUACUAUUUUCAUCAAGGAUGUUUAUCUUUGCGCGAUCUGUGGGGUCAAAAUUGUCUACCAAAGCUAAUCUAUUGGCCGUAUCGCAGGUUUUGCUUGCGCUUGAAGGGUUAUCUUCUCCGGCAGCCACCGUAUCUGCAUCCAUCGUCAACUUGGGUUAUGCCCAGUACCAGGGAUCCGUUGACACGGCGACAAAUAUCACCAGUUUUCUUGGAAUACGCUACGCCGCUCCUCCAGUUGGUGACUUAAGAUGGGCUGCCCCACAGCCUCCACCCACCGUCUCUGGGGUUCAACAAGCUACCACGCAACCAAACGAAUGUAAUCAAGCAGACGCAGGCGAAUCUUCGACGAAUCCGUUGGAAAGCACCUCUAUGAAGAAAAGGGAUGUUAGUCAAUCUGAAGACUGUUUAUUCUUGAAUGUAUACACUCCUGGAAAUGAAGUGGUGGCCACUCCGGAAGGAGGGCUCCCAGUUGUCGUUUGGAUUCACGGAGGAGGGUAUAUUCAAGGAGCUGCAAGCCUAUAUAAUGGCGCAGAUCUAAUUAUAGACUCGAAUUAUGGUGUCAUCACAGUCUUAAUUCAGUAUCGCCUCGGUUUAUUCGGGUUUCUUCCUGGUGAAGCGGUCAAGGAAGGGGGUGCACUCAAUGCUGGACUACUUGACCAGAACUAUGCGCUUCAGUGGGUGCAGGCCCACAUAAGUGAUUUCGGUGGUAACCCCAUGGAGGUUACAAUUUGGGGAGAAUCUGCUGGUGCCGGUUCGGUGCUACAGCAUAUCAUUGCUCAUGGAGGAAACACGCAACCUCCCCUCUUCAAAACCGCUAUGACGAGUUCUACGUUCUUGCCAUCCCAAUACAACUAUAAUGACCGGAUUCCUGAGCUGUUGUAUAGUGAGGUCGUCAAUGGAACAAACUGUACCUCAAGCUCGGACACCCUUUCUUGUUUGCGCGCUGCUGACGUCGAUACGCUACAGACCUUGAACUAUAACAUCAACCUCAACGGGUUCUUUGGCACGUUAGUAUUUGUCCCUGUUGUGGAUGGGACUUUCAUCUUGGAGAGGCCUACCGUGACGAUAAGGAAAGGUUGUUUGAAUGGCAACUAUCUUCUUGCUGUGACCAAUUCGCAUGAAGGGAACGAGUUCGUCAACCAAUCGAUGACAUUGGAUGUUGCAGACUAUGUCAAGACGCUUUUCCCGAACUUCGGUUCUACUCAGGUUGCUGGAGCGGUAAUGAUGUACCAGAACUACGGAAGCAACGUUAACCAGGCAAAUCUUGUGAUGAGUGAAUCAAUAUUCAUUUGCCCCACUCAUUAUCUCCUCUCAGCAUUUGGAGAACGAGCCUGGAAAGGCGAGUUUGCACUCCCGCCUGGCCUGCAUGGAUAUGAUGUUCCAUACUAUUUCACCUCGUAUCUAAAUGCUUCUAUGUACAACAAUUCGCAAUUCAUCACUGCUUUCUCAAAUUCAUUCAUGGCUAUGGCCAUGUCCGAGACUCCUGACGACAGAUACACCCCAGGGGAUAUCACACCUUCCUGGAGACCUUGGAAAGAUGAUUUGACAGAGAUGAUGUUCAAUGUGACAUCCGCAGGAGUACCUGACGUUUACACUUUCAAGACUGAUGACACCUUGCUGGAGCGUUGCGACUACUGGCAAGACGUUUCGGCGUAUUCAGCACAGUGAAUAGAAAUUGGGGUAACUGCAUGAGUCGAAUAGUCCUGCAACAUAUUUGUCGUCUGUAGAUCUCCGUCCAGCAACUUGUCACAAAUGCUUCUGAUUGUAGGAUCACUGUGCAGUGAGAGUUUUGAAUUAUUCAGAAUAAAGCAAACCUGAAUCGCCUGACGU